CAGAACAAAAGUUGUUUUCUAAAAAAGAAAAAAAACGAACAAAAUUCUAUUCUAGGGUUUCUCUGGUUCAAGUUCUUCCAACUUCCGCCAAACCUUCUUCCGGAGAUCUUGUGGUCAUCCAAGCAGCAAUGACAAAGAGAACCAAGAAGGCAGGCAUUGUUGGAAAAUAUGGUACCCGAUAUGGUGCUAGUCUGAGAAAACAGAUCAAGAAGAUGGAAGUCAGUCAGCACAGCAAGUACUUCUGUGAGUUCUGUGGAAAGUAUGCAGUUAAGAGAAAAGCAGUUGGAAUUUGGGGCUGCAAAGAUUGUGGUAAAGUGAAAGCUGGCGGGGCCUACACUCUCAACACUGCUAGUGCCGUGACAGUGAGAAGCACUAUUAGGAGGCUGAGAGAGCAGACUGAAAGUUAAGCCAUCUUCAUUUGCACAUUUUCACCCCUUUUUUCCGAGGAAAAAGAUUGCUCCCUCUCUACUUCUCUUCAUAUCAAUGUUGUGGGAAUUAGUUAUUUAAAGUUAAUUGAAACUGAACUGAACCUUUUCUUUAUUUCUUAUACUGUUGGCCACUUUUCUAUUGAUGGUCAAUGGAGUUUUGCUCAAGUUUACGUAUUA